AUGGGCAAAGGUACCGAUAAACUCUACAUCACUCACUCCGAAUGGGCCUCGUCCGACGCAUACUCGGCCUCAGCGGGCGCAGGCGUACGCGCUGAUACCAGCGGGCAUGCGUCUUUCAAGAGAUUACCUUUCAACUACUGCGCCUUGAGUUUACAACCGUUCAACACGCCAGUGUGCACGUCCCAGGGCACUAUUUUCGACCACGAGAACAUCAUCCGAUGGCUCCUGAAACAUGACACAAAUCCUACCAACGGACAACCGUUGAAACAGCAGGAUCUGAUCAAGUUGAAUUUCGCGAAGAACGACAGCGGGGAAUAUGUCGACCCGGUCACGUUCAAAGUAUUUACGGACAACACGCAUAUUGUUGCGAUAAGACAUGGCGACUCGGCGAACGUAUUUGCCUAUGACACGGUGGAGCGGUUGAACAUCAAGCCCAGGAUGUGGCGCGAUUUAGUUUCGGACGAGGAAUUCUCCCGGAAAGACUUGAUCGUUCUUCAAGAUCCCCAGAAUGUCGAAUCACGUAAUCUCAGCACGUUCAAGUACUUGAGGGAAGGGGAAGACUCAGGCAUUCCCAAGGAAGAAGCAUCGAUCAACACGGCCUCGUUGGGGAGCGCUGCCGACCUCAAGAUCAUCAAAGCGAAAGAAGCGGUGGCCAAGGCGAGAGCAGAGCGGGCGAACGCUCAAUUGGCCCAAGCCAAGGAGAAAUCGCAGUCAGGGAAUAAUCAGGUCAAGAAGUCGUCGACAUCCAUCAGUACCACCAAACCUGCUGCUCCGUACAAUGCGACGCGCCACACGACGGGCCUUGCAGCGGCAUCUUUUACUUCGACCGGUGUGACGCCACAUACUUCGGCCGCGCUGGCGCUGAUGUCGGAUGAAGAAUACCUGCUCAAGCGCGGCCGUGUCAAGGAAAAGGGCUAUGUUCGCCUCUCCACCUCAGUGGGUGACCUGACUCUUGAACUGUACCCGGAAUAUGCGCCAAAGGCGGUCUGGAAUUUCAUUCGGCUGGCACAGAAGGGGCAUUACAACGGGAUAAUCUUCCACCGCAACAUCCGCAACUUUAUGAUUCAGACUGGUGAUCCUACAGGCACAGGACGCGGCGGGACCAGUAUCUGGGGCAAGAACUUUGAGGACGAGAUUGAAGGGCCGUUGAAACACGAUGCUCGCGGGGUCGUGUCCAUGGCGAACAAAGGCAAGAAUACCAACAGCAGUCAGUUCUUCAUCACGUACCGACCUGCCACACAUCUGAAUCUCAAACACACCAUCUUCGGCCGCGUGGUUGACGAGGGCGGCUCAUUCGAUGUCUUGAAGAAGCUGGAAGACACGCCCGUGGACUCGAAUGAUCGACCGACGACCGAGAUCAAGAUUGUCGAGGCUGUGGUUCUUAUUGAUCCCUUUGAGGAGUUUUGGAAGAAGAAGAAUGAAGCCGAGCAGACGGAAAAGAAAAAGGAGCAGAGACAGGAUGAAGACCGCACCACAUGGACAGGCAAGAGGAUUCGUGCUGAUGGAACUGUCGAGAGCGGCACCUCUGGUGAUGGAGUCGGCAAGUAUUUGAAAGCCGCGCUCGCCAAUACCAGUCAGAAACCAGAACAGGCUGAAGAUGAAAUCGUCGAGUUCAUCGACGAGCCUGAAGAGCCAGUACGGAAGAAAGCAAAGAGUGGCGGUGGAGGGUUUGGCAAUUUCGACAAUUGGUAG